AUGGCCCGACAAGAGGCUGAUUCGAGUACCUCCCAACUUUUGGCGCUUCAGUCUGCGCUGGAUGCCGUCGUCGCACUUGUCGGACUCGCUGGAAACCGGAGCCAGCAGUCCGAUGAGCUCAGACCCGGAGAUCCAACAGCCGCUUGCCGCGGGAUCCUAGAGGGAUUGGCUGAUCGUCUCCUGCAACAUGCAGACGUCCAUCCAGCUGUGCUCGCGCGGUUAGCUUUGUGCCACCUCGGGCUGGCCUUGCCCGUGGCCGGAGUGCUGGGACGCUUCCAAAGCCUGGAGCCCCCAGACCAGGCACUUUUCUUGCAGCAGGCGUGCGCGCGCAGUCGCUUGCUUGCCAUGCCCACGUCGGAGGUACACGGGCAGCUUCAGGAUGCCGGCUUCGAGGGCGCCCAGGAAGAGCUGAGCCAUGCGCAGCCGCUUUUCGACUUGCUCAUGGAGCAAUGCAUCGAGCAGUUGCCGAACAGCCCUCAGCCAAGCGAUGCCGAUGAUGCGAUUGAAGACAGCCCGCUGGCGGGAGGCAUGUUCGGAUUGGAGGAGCAAGCCUCCUCCAUGUUGCACUCCCACGCUGCACACGAGACAGAGAAGCCAAGCUUCUUGGGCGCUUUGGAUCUGCCGGCGUUGCCGUCACCGAAACCCCGCCGGAGCACAAAGAAGCACCUGGGCCGCAGCGACAUCGCACGGCUGCGCGGCGUGGACCCUCUGGAUGCUCCAGACGAGCUGCGGUGUGCAAUCGACGGCAAGCUCAUGGCAGUUCCGCUGGCAUCGCCUCACGGUCACGUCUUCGAGCACGAGACGCUGGUGCAGUGGCUUAGCAGCUGCGGUAGCAUCUGCCCAAUCACCGGGAAGCCCCUCAGAGAAGAGGAUUGCGAACCUGCUGUGGAGAUUCAACAAAAGGUGCUGGACUGGGUCAAGGCUGCCCGGUCUUCCUACAAGCGCCGGCUCGAGGAGAAGCGCCAGCGAAGGGUCUCCCAAGAGGCGACGAGUGAGAUCGCGCAGGGGACAGACUGA